AUGCAGCAGGUCCCACCAAUUCCGGAGAUCAGACAGCAUUACUACCUAUAUAUAUUGCUCGCCAAUAUGGACCGAAUGAGCAACCUACCAACUAUCAAAUGUUCUUCAUGCGCAACUGAGAUCGACAUUCUACACCUUGCAGACCAUGUCUGUGCCAAAACCCCAUCCGCAAACCCAGCGACUUCAAACCAAACACCGUCCUCGCCGACGUCAUCGGCUUCAACACUGUCCCCAAAAUCACCGGGCAUCAGUCGCGCUGCUACUUUUGGCGGCCCAACUUUCAGGAACAGACCAGAUGGCUCGAUACCAAGAGGGCGCAUGCCCCUCCCCCCUCAGAUCGAUCCCAACGCAGCGAGUAGGUAUAUCCGACGACCUCGUCCUAGUGAGAAUGCUGACGGCCUGCAAGAUAAACCAUUCCGACCAGUGGAGCUUUCGCCUAAGAGCAACAACAAUGAUUCAUCGCAGCGCUCAGCAAGAUCUGCCGACCUGCAACCACCCAAGUCGCCCUUCCCCAUGAACCGCAGUGCAACAACUCCACUGCCGCGAGCAACCGCACAAUCCUCGCCCGACCUCAACUCAAACUUGGACUGUGCGUUCCCUCCAUUCCCAGGAAAGAGCGAAAGUCCACGAAGUAGCCCUCGUCCAAGAGACCGUCUAGAACCAAAUGCGCAAUACGGAUAUGCCGCACCGAGCCCAUUGUUCGCUCCGCUGAGUCCCCGUAUGAAUGCGGGAGAGAAUAUCUCCAGACGAUUAGACACAAUUUCACCUGGACCGUUUGAUCGCCGGCCAAGUACGGCAAGUGUUUCCGCACCAUCUGUGAAAGACACGCCAGCACAUGGCCUAGUACGGACCAAUACGCAGGAUAGUGUCAAAAGCUAUGGAAGUACACAGCCCCAGAGAAAGUCAUCAGCAUCGAGUUCGACCCGCAGUUCUGCGUACUCGACAAUGUCACCAAGACACGGCUUGAACCGGGGGGCAGCGUCUACACUCGCGUCCACGACCGAGCAGACUGAGGGAGAAUUAGGCAUCGAUGCGUUUCUUCAGAGUCUGCAGAAAGAUACUGCUGAAUCUCCACAGCCAAGGAAAGAUAGCCACUUAAAUAUGCAACCUGUGCGGCCGACAAGUCGUGAUCGAAGACAACCACCACCACGACCCAGAAGGCCGUCUGAGCGCGACCUUCCGCCGAGCAACAUGAAUGAUCUGGCUGCCUUGGAGAUUGUCGCUCGCUCACACAGUCGGCUUCGUUCAAGGGACUCCGGCCGAAACGACUCGGAGGUAGAAGUAGCAAGAAGCUCUGGACCUGGCCCAGCGUUGCGACCACCACCGCUGCUUACAUCAAGACCUGCCAUUGAAACCUCCUUCAAUUCACUCCACACUCCAUCCGAUUCAGGCUUGUCAGACGAUUCGUAUGCGAGCUCUGGUUUCCGUAGCGUGGCCAGCUCGCGGUCAAGUCCGUCGAAUUCUGUUGUCGGACCAUCCCACGAACCUUCUAAAUUGAGCCAUACUGACCACGAUGUUGAGAGGGUCCCAAGAACCGAAAGUCCUGGGUCGUAUAGCGAUGCUCAACCUUCUAGAGGAGCAAGCAGUCAUACCCGGCAAGAUGGGCCUCGUAUAGCUCCGCGUUCAUUGUCUCCAGGAUUCCCCAACCCACCGGAAUCUCCAAUGGAUCCUGCCAUUCAACGUGGUACUUUCGUUAGACGUCCAAGCGAAUUGGCCCCCGCUGUAGACCCUGCAACGAUCCAAGGACGGAGCCCACCGCGCACUGCCAGCCCCGAUACACGACAACCCGAAGGCCGACGACCGAGCGCUCCGAGCAGCAAAGGGAACUGCCGCGGAUGCUCUCAACCCAUCAUCGGGAAGUCUGUCAAGGACUCCUCUGGUCGUCUGACUGGUCGUUAUCAUAAAGAGUGUUUUGUCUGCCGAACUUGCUCGGAUCCCUUUCCAACUGCAGAGUUCUACGUGUUUGAGAAUGCUCCUUACUGUGAACACCACUACCACCGGCUCAACGGGUCCUUGUGCGGAGCUUGCAAUCGCGGUAUUGAAGGUCAAUAUCUGGAGACGGACAUGCGCCGCAAGUAUCAUCCUCGAUGCUUUACGUGCACGACUUGUCGCAUGGUGCUUCGCGACGGCUACUUCGAUGUCAACGGACGUAGAUACUGUGAUCGCCAUGCACAGAGUGCAGCAGCUCCGCCACGAAACCACUUGGGGCCUGGAGGCUACAAGCCACGCAACCUCCAAAAGCGAGGAACGCGACUGAUGAUGAUGGCAUGA